AUGGCGAUGCACCUCAAAGAAGACGAACUGCAAGGCGCGCAUCCACAUGAUGGGGACAAACGUGCUCGCGAGGCCUUCUUUUUACCUUCGCGCGCUGGCAAAUCGGUUCUCAUAUUCCAGAACAAUAAGUUUUGGGUGAACAAUCAGUAUCGCGAUAAGUUGAAUUGGGCGUGUCGCGACAAAGACGCCAAAGGAUGUUUAUGCAGAGUACAAACCACCCUGAAUGGAAGGUUCAUUCGCAUCAAAGGUGGUCACAACCACCAACCGAACUUCACGCCGUAUAACUUCGAUGGAGCGACUGGUGAAAAGCACUCCCAACGAGCGGAAAAUGGCGUCAAAUCCCUAGUAUAG